UGUUAAAUUGUUAAAUUAUUUUAUAACAAGCGGUUUAUGUGAAUUAGUUAUGUAGCACAAUAAUGUACUGUUAUUAAAUUAUGGCGACAAAUUAAUUACAAUGUCUUCAAAUGAGUUAAGUGAUAACGAAGUUGAAGAAAGUAAUAUAACAAAAAUAAUAGCUGCCCCACUUCAAUUCGUUAAGACUAUAUUUCCUUUAUAUUCUACAGGAGAUGUUUCUCAGGAAUCGCAGGUUGAUUCUGCGAAUAGUGAAAUGGUUGGAGACAAAUUACGAUUAAAACGUGGAAGAAUGAAAAAGAAAAGUACAGUACAAGAUAAGCUUAUUCACCACAACAGAGUAGCAAAAGCGAAUCAUGGUUGCCAAAGAAGUGUUGUUCGCUAUAUUGGAUCAAAUGUACCUUUAAAACCAUCUAAAAGAGCUUAUUACCAGCUUUUUGAACAUUCUCGAAGAACAAUAAUCAACAGUGCAUCUACCUUCUUUAUCACAAAUUUAGAUCAUGUUCGACAACAUGUUGAUCAGGUUAAGCAUCAUGUUGUACCAACUUUAGCAGACAUCGGACAAUUAGUGUGGGAUGAUAUAAAUGUUUUUGUUAAUGAUGAAGAUGAUACAUCUUCAGAUGAGGAAGUCAAUUUUAAAGAUGCUCCUUCAAAACCUGCUAUUAGUAAUGAAGAUCCAAAUAAGUUAUCUGCUCUAGAAGAUGAACUUGCCAAAUUGAGAGCUCAAAUAGCUGCUAUAGUGUCUAAUAGAAAUGUCCCUAAUCCUGCUGCACCAUCUGCUCAAAUUGCAGUUGUUCAACCGACAAGUAUGUUACCUCCACCACCGCCUCCUCCACCUCCUCUGCCUAUUUUUAAAAAUGCAAAUGCAUCUGCAGUUUGCAUGCCAUCAAUUAAAGUUGUCAAUGAAGAGAAUAAAUCUUCUAUGAAUGAUGUAUUAAAAGGUUUAUCUAAUGUUAAACUAAAAAAUUCAAAUAUAUGUCGAUCACCAGGAGGUACACCAUUAAAAAAAAACGAUCGCUUAGAAGAUCUUUCUAAUCCAGCUGAUAUAAUCGCCAAAGCCUUAAGGGAAAAGUUUCAAAAUUCUAAUAUGUAUAGAUCUCCUGAUGGAGAAAACAGUUCCCUUUCCGAUUUCUCGCCUUCGCCCCAAAAAAAUCCUUCGAGACCUAUUCCUAAACCUAGACCAAGACCGGUUGCACAGAAAAAGAUUUUAGACACUUAAUGUCAUAAUAAUAAUAUCACAUAAUAUUAUAUAAUAACAGAAACAUUUUUCACCAUCGCAAACAUUUUCUAUAAAAUUGAUGUGUCUUAGACAGUUUUCGGAAAAUAUGUAAGGAAUUUAUUAUGUAAGAAAUGUGUAUUUAUUGUAUUAAUAUGAAUCAUAAGUUUUUA